CGACACUACCAUCUCAAGAACUUCAUACCGCCCGGCUUCUUCUUUCUCAGAUAGGUUGUAUCAAUGGUUCUGUCUGCUUACGGGAUAGGAGUGUGCAUGUUCCGGCAUGUCCGCCUCUCCCUGAAUCACGACUGGGUUUAAGUGAUCAUCCCCAAACGACACCACAUCGGCUCUACUCUUGUCACAAAGCUCAUCCUCUGGAGGCUCUCUGAUACCAUCUAGAGUACGCCUCGGAGUUGCUCGCCUACUCGGCAGCAGCUGUAAUAUCGUACCACAACAUCGGCAUGUGUCAGAAACUUACUGCUCACUCUAGCAAAAUCAAGAUGCCGAAGCGGUGCUCAAUGCGGAAUCUUUGUGCCACUUCACUGGGGCCAAAUGAUGUGCAGCUCGCUGUGGCAAUGAAGGCAACGGAGGAAGAACCCACCGCCGACCAACAGUUGACUUCGGCGUUGAUGUGACUCCCAAACUGGAGCAGAGCUACGACGCUUCGUUGGUCCAAUGGCUCCUCCCAAAGGGGAGGCCCACAAUGUCACAGAGCGACCGAAGUUCCCAUGUGCUGAAAGUAAUGCCACACUUUGCCGACAAAGAUCUCCAUACAAAGCCACGCCCUCGAGCCGCGUUUCCAGUCGUAUCAAUGCCACUUACUGCCCCCUUUGACGCAUCGAAUUCAGCGCCUACUGGCUGUGCUUCAUACCAGCGAGCCUCUGAAACAGCACGCACAUCUACGCGCACCUGCAGGAUAUCCUAUCUUCUUCUUCAUCUGAUGCACGCUCGUUGAUUCGCAAGGGCUUGACCCUGGCCGUCCUCAGAAACAACCUGUCGACUCUCAAGACGUCAAGGUCAGGGUAUCUCCCUCGUGGCCGCUUGCAGCCAAUAUGAAGUCAAUCACAGCAAUGGAUGUUGUCAACCUCCCUUUGUUAUUCAAGCACACCGGUCAUACUCUAUCCAUCGAUGCCACGCUCGUUGCACAAGUGCGAUGGCAGAGAGAUGUGUUCCUGCACUCACUUUCUCAUCCGACUCUUCCAGACGUACCGGAACCGUCGUCUGCAGAAGAGCUUGUACUCAGGUUCCUUGGUUUCCUUGUCGAAAAUCACGCUUCUCCGGCUAUUCUGCAAACUCUAUUGCGAACAUUCGAACAAGACUUCCUCAAGGAAGUGGACGCUCACCUGCUGAUAUGCGCACUUCCAAUUACUUCAAAGGUUCGAAAAGAGCUAAUCUGUGCCUACUACACCGCCAGAUCCAAAUGUACCGAGAUCAAGACACCACAGAGCGCCUUGUUGCAGCUUGCUGAAGAGGAUCAAGCAGUGUUGUUUGCAGUAUUUGGAGGCCAAGGCACCAACAAUCCGAAAUGCGUCGCAUCCCUGACGACUCUUUAUUCUACCUACAAGCCCUUCGUGAGAGAGCUCAUUGACAACGUUAUAUCGCCAUUGCUCUACAAGCUUUGUCGACUGCCCGAGACCGAGGAUCAUUAUUGCGGCCGCUACAUUGACCUUGCUACCUGGAUUCACGACCCUUCAAAAGUGCCUAACGCCGAUUUCAUCUCCCAAGCGCCGGUCAGCUUUCCUGUCGUCGGCCUCUUAAGCUUAGCGCAGUAUUGUGCAGCUUGCAAGGCGCUAGGCAUGACUCCAGGAGAGCUCCGCUCACAUUUUCGCGGCACAACGGGACACUCUCAAGGUCUUGUCAUUGCAACAGUCAUAUCAAUGGCUGAUAGCUGGCAUUCAUUUUAUGAAGUUGCCAGACUAGCAAUUGAAGUCCUCUUCUGGCUGGGCUUUUACUGCCACCAGGCCAGGCCUAACUCGUCCGUAUCAGCCGCCCUCGCCAAGGAAUGUCUGGAGAAUGGUGAAGGCCAACCGUCAUCCAUGUUGAGCGUCCGUGGCUUGGAUCGCCUCCGCAUCGAGGCAUUACUUGCAAAGUUCAACAAAAGCUUGAGACCUGAAGAGCAGCUGCAUCUAGCACUCGAGAACACCCAGGAUAACUUUGUCCUUGCCGGUCCGGUUAGUUCUCUCGUUCAUAUGAACUCCCAUCUACGUGCCCUCAAAGCGAAGGAUGGGUCGGAUCAGAGUCGUGUACCUUUCAGCACCCGAAAGCCCGUCAUCUACCAUCAGUUUCUGCCUAUCAGUGCACCAUUCCAUACGAGCUACCUGAACACUGCUGCCGAGAAGGUCAAACUUCAUCUUGGCAAGAUGUCGAUCUCCAAGGCCAGCUUGAUGAUACCGGUGUAUCAUAGCAAGACUGCCGAUGAUCUUCGGCACAAUGGCACAUCCAACAUCUUAAAAGUUCUGGUGGAUGCGGUAGCUUGUGAACAAUGCCAAUGGCCUGUGGCCAUGCAGCUACCACAAGCUACUCACGUGCUUGCUUUUGAUGGGGGUAUAGGUGAUUUGGUGACGAAAGUCAAGGAAGGAGAAGGUGUACGGGUCAUCGAUGUCAGCAAUCUCGACUCCCGUGAGAAGGAAACUGCCACUGCCGCCGACCUCUACUCUUCAAUACUACUCGCGUCCUCCGCGCCCAUUGAAGCAUGGGGAAAGCAAUUCCAGCCUCGUCUUGCUCGCUCUAGCAACGGUGACUGGAUCAUGCAGACCAAACUGAGUCAGCUCUUGAGCAGUCCACCCGUCAUGGUUGCUGGCAUGACACCCACAACCACUCACUGGGAUUUUGUGUCCGCUAUAAUGAAGGCUGGCUACCAUGUUGAAUUGGCCGCUGGUGGCUUCUACAAUUCGGACGCGAUGAGUUCAGCGAUUCAAAGACUUGUGCUGAGCCUUCCAGCAGGGCGAGGCGUGAGUUGCAACGUGAUUUAUGCAAGCCCCCAUACCCUGGCGUGGCAGAUCGCGACACUACGCAAACUCUCCAGAAAGGGAUUGCCUAUUCAUGGGUUGACAAUCGGCGCCGGUAUUCCAUCUGCUGAGAUUGUGGCUGAAUACAUCAAUACCAUUGGAAUCAAGCACAUCUCCUUCAAGCCGGGUUCUUCCUCGGCUAUAAAAGAGGUAAUCGAAAUCGCGAAAGCUCAUCCCAACUUCCCAAUCAUCCUGCAAUGGACUGGAGGGCGAGGCGGCGGACACCAUUCAUACGAAGACUUUCAUGCACCUAUUUUGAGCUUAUAUGGCACGAUUCGCAAACAAAGUAACGUCAUCCUUGUUGCCGGGAGCGGCUUUGGAGGUGCUGAUGACACUUACCCCUAUCUCAUGGGUACCUGGGCAUCCCGCUUUGGGCAUGUUCUAAUGCCGUUCGAUGGCGUUUUGCUUGGCAGCCGCAUGAUGGUUGCUCGGGAGGCCUACACUUCUGCAGAGAGUAAGCACCUCAUCUACCAAGCGCCGGGAGUUCCUGACUCCGACUGGGAAAGAAGCUACAGAGGUGCAGCAGGUGGCAUUAUUACCGUGCAAUCGGAGAUGGGGCAACCUAUUCACAAGAUAGCAAAUCGUGGAGUGCUACUCUGGGCGGAUAUGGACAAGAAAAUCUUCUGUCUGCCGCGGAGUGAGCGUCUGCCAAAGCUACUUGAGAACAAAAAGUCCAUCAUUCAAAGGCUCAAUGCGGAUUUCGCCAAACCUUGGUUUGGCAAGACAGCCGACGGCCAAGUCGUCGAAGUAGCAGCCAUGACAUACACGGAAGUUCUGGACAGGAUGGUCAGUCUGAUGUAUGUGUCUCAUCAAAGACGCUGGAUCGACCCUUCAUACAUCAACUUCGUCUAUGACUUUGCAUGCCGCGCCUUACAGAGAUUGCCACACGAUGCUGGGAUCGAGCUCUCGGCCAGUGGUCUGAAUGAUCCCUACGACUUUCUGUCAGUGUUCACAACCUCCUGUCCAGAUGCCUCGACUAGCAUAUUGAAUCCAGAGGACUCUGCUUUCUUCCUUCUCAGGUGUAGGUCACGCGGCCAGAAGCCUGUCAACUUCAUCCCAGUCCUUGACGAAAACUUCGAGUACUAUUUCAAAAAGGACUCCUUGUGGCAAUCGGAGGACAUUGAUGCAGUCAUCGAUCGCGAUGCAGGCAGAGUCUGCAUCCUUCAUGGGCCUGUGGCGGCACAAUAUUCUCGGCAAUGUGAUGAGUCGGCCAAGGACAUUCUAGAUAACAUCGCGAAAGCGCAUGUGGACAUGCUCCUUGGCGAACAAUACGGCAGGCCAGUCACUCCCAUUUCUGACGAUGAGAGCCUGCUUCAGAGUGGUAGUGGUACGCCGGACUCCUGGGCGUUAGCCUCGCCUCUUUCGAGCGUGCCCACCAGCAUGGAAACGCCAUUUUCUUGCAAGAGUCCUGGUCUUCAGACUCGGCUAUUUUCCCCAACCAGUGCACCCAGUCAGUUUUCUUCUUCAUUUUUGGCGGGACGAUGCAGUAACUCUUCGACGCUUCUCCGCGCUCUGUUCUCCUCCGACCAUAUCAUCCGCGACGGCGCUUACAAAAUAAGCCCUCUCCGCCGUAUUCUGGAACCUCGAGCUGGAGGCUCUUUGUCGAUUGAUAGAGAGGUUGGGAAGGUCCUACUUGAGAAGGAUGCUGGUCUCGGCGCUGAGAUUCUGGCCGAGAUCUCCUGCCGAGAAGACAUGACCCUGGCCGUGGAGCUUCGCCAGCGAAGUGCGCACAACGGUGAUUACAUUGCUUUGCCCUUCGAAUUCCAACUGCAAACUGAGAAGAGCCCCUGGACAUUUAGUGAGGUCAUGCAAAAUCGGAAUCUGCGCAUCAAAUCAUUCUACAGCAAAUUAUGGUUCAACGAAGAGCUCGACCCAAGUGCUACGGUUCAAACCACAUUUUGUGGAGAGGAGAUAAUGCUCACCAACGAGAUGUACCAGAAUUUCCUUUCAACAGUUGGCCAAUCGUAUUCGAACGGUCCUAUCACUUCUGGGGACUCGGCUGUCUUCCCCAUCAGUUUUGGCAUUGUCGUUGUUUGGGAUGUCAUCGCCAAGCCGUUGGUACUGAAGGACAUCGACGGCGACCUGCUUUGCUUAGUACACCAGUCCAACGUUUUCGAAUAUUGCGAAGGGGCGUCUGCUCUCCGAAUUGGCGAUCUUGUAUGGGCACGAUCCAAUGCCCGUGAGGUCUACAUCGAGGAAGCAGGCAAGUAUGUUGUGGUUGAGGCGGAAAUCAUGCGGUCUGGCCAGCCGGUGAUGAUGGUAAGAUCGACAUUCUUAUUCAAGGGCAAAUUCAAUGAUUUCCAGUCGACUUUCAGGCACAAGAAGGAACGAGAUAUGGCCAUGGAAAAGUUGUCACGACAAGACGAAGCCAUUCUCCUUGAUCGAGAGUGGUUCCAGCCUCAUGACUCGACAACCUCUUUUGUCGGCACGACAUUGCUCUUUCGACUGCAAUCAAACGUGACAUGGAAGAAGCGGGACGUUUUCAGGGAACUGGCAGUCUCCGGCACAGUCUUCGUGCAGACUUCGGACACUGACCUCCACGAGGUUGGCACAGUUGAUUUCUAUGGUACUAACUGUGUGGGAAACCCAGUCAUGGAUUUCUUGGAGCGGAAAGCAUCAACGACGAAAGCACAGAGCGAGCUCGGACAUCCUGGGUGGUCAGACGAUGGCAGUGUCGAAGUACAAAUACCCAGCAGCAACGAGAGAUAUGCGAGGGUCUCCAAGGACUACAACCCAAUCCACGUGUCCUCCUUGUUCGCGGAUUGGGCUGAAUUGCCUGGUACGAUCACCCAUGGAAUGUAUACGUCGGCUGUUGCAGCAAGCGCUCUGGAACACUUGGCGGCCGAUGGUGACCCACGACGUCUCUACCGUUUCUCAGCCACUUUCACUGGCAUGGUUCUACCUGAAGACAAGCUUAGUGUCCGCCUACAGCACGUCGGAAUGACUGAAGGCAGGAUGCGCAUCAAGGUAUCUGCCUACAAGGAGGAGACAGACGAGAUUGUGCUUGAGGCCGAAGCAGAAGUCGAGCAGGCAAAGACGGCCUACAUCUUCACUGGCCAGGGCAGCCAAUCCAAGGGCAUGGGCAUGGAUCUUUACAAUAGCAGCCCUGUCGCAAAGGCCGUGUGGGAUGACGUUGACGCGUAUCUCUCAGAGACAUAUGGCUGGUCAAUCCUGGACGUUGUCCGCAACAAUCCCAAAUCCCUCACCGUGCACUUUGGAGGUAAGCGAGGGCGGAAAAUCAGAGACAAUUAUAUGGCCAUGCAGAUUGAGACGCUGUUACCUGACGGUGGGAGCAUCACUCGGCCUGUCCUCCCAGGUCUGGCGACAAGCACAAGAUCAUACACAUUCUCCGAACCUCGAGGACUGCUCUUCUCUACCCAAUUCGCUCAGCCUGCCAUUCUGCUUCUGCAGAAGGCCACUUUCGAGGAUAUGCGAGCAAACGGGCUCAUCCAGAGCGAUGCCACGUUCGCGGGUCACUCCCUUGGUGAAUACGGAUCACUAUCGGCAUUCUCAGGCUUCUUGUCCAUCCACGACCUCAUGGACGUGGUGUUCUACCGUGGACUCAGUAUGCAAGUGUCCAUGGAUAGGGAUGAGCAUGGCCAGACGGGGUAUUCCAUGGUGGCAGCGAAUCCGAAACGAGUUGGCAAAGGCUUUAAUGAAAAGGGCCUUAAUGUCGUGGUGGACAUCAUUGCCAGCGAGAGCCGAAGCCUUCUCGAGAUUGUCAACUACAACGUCGAAGGCGAACAAUAUGUUUGUGCAGGCACUAUGCAGAAUCUCCACACCCUUUCGGUGGUGUUGAACCACCUGGCCAAGAGUCCCGAGGCGGGCAAUCUCGUUGCUGAAGCCAUUCGGGCAGACGAUCCGCUCUGCAGCAACCUACGCGAAUACAUUGUCACCUGCAUUGGCGAGACGCAGAGGCUUCCCCAACCGAUAGAACUGGAACGCUGCGCUGCCACGAUUCCGCUCAAAGGUAUCGAUGUACCUUUCCACUCUUCGCUCUUGCGGACUGGCGUGCACUCCUACCGCAAGUUCCUGGAACGGCGCAUCGUUGAGAGCAACAUCGACCCAGACAAGCUUGUUGGAAAGUGGGUGCCAAACGUGAUGGCCGAGAGAUUCUCGCUGGAACAGUCCUACAUCGAGGAGGCUUAUAGACUGACCCGAAGCCCAGAGUUGAAGGAAUUGUUGGAGCAAGGCAUUGAUUGCUAGAAAGAUUGGCCGCUCAUGGCGCUCGGUUGCACUUAGGCUGGAAUGCGUGGCGAUUUUGUGUCUUGAAUUUUAUGUGUACAGAGUCUCGGAAUAUGGUGCUUUAAUUAGGACAUUUGCACCUUGAUCACCUUGAACCGCUACGUCCUGCAUGAAUACUUCUCCUGCCAAUACCAGCAUAAGGUACUUUAUCAACUACUC